GUGACUUUCCAUCCGAAAACUCCAAGAUGGCGGGUCCCGUCAGGGGCUGAGUACGUUGGCGGCGCGCGCACCCUGGUGCUGGCGCCCCCGGCCUUUCCUUCCCGGUUUUCUCGAGGGCGGGUCGUUCGUUCGGUCCCCAUCCCGGCCGGCGCCGGACGUAGCCUUCAUUGUUUAUUCAAACAGAUCUACGCUUGGGAAACAACAUGAAGAUUGUCUACUAUCCCACUGGAUGACAUUGUUUUUCAUCAGAGGAUGUCUUUCUGACUGGCUGGUUAUGAAUGUGUUCCCUGGGUAUGCUUCCUGUUUUCCACCAGAGCACUGAAUCUCUUCAGAAGCCAGCCCCUCUUUAAUACUUGUUUAAAGAGUUGAGGUUCUUCUAGCAAUGAGUUCUCAAAGCCAUUCAGAUGGACUUUCUGGCAGGGAUCAGCCAGUAGAAUUACUAAAGCCAACCAGAGUAAACCACAUGCCAAGUUCCGUUGAUGUGACCACAGCACUACCUUUGCAAGUUGCACCAUCUGUCGUCCCCAUGGAUCUCCACUUGGACCAUCAGUUCUCCAUGCCGGUGACAGAACCUACGUUACGAGAACAGCAGCUCCAACAGGAACUUCUGGCCCUCAAACAAAAACAGCAGAUCCAGAGACAGAUCCUCAUAGCAGAAUUCCAGAGACAACACGAUCAGCUGUCUCGUCAGCAUGAAGCUCAGCUACAUGAACAUGUAAAGCUGGAGAGCCUCCCUGCACGAUCUCCCUUCCCAAGGCAUCUGGACGCAAGUAGAAAAGAGAGUGAAUAUCAGCGCCCUGGAAAUCAGGGCCAUCAGGAAAGCGCGCUUAUCCUUCCAGUCCAAAAUCAAGGGCCAUCAUGUAUUCAUCAGGAUGGUCAACAUCUCUGCCAAGGCCCCCAUCAACGAAUGAGGCAGCAGCAGGAGAUUCUGGCAAUGAAGCAUCAGCAGGAGCUCUUGGAACACCAGAGAAAGUUAGAACAGCAUCGGCAGGAGCAAGAGCUGGAGAAGCAGCACAGAGAGCAGAAACUACUGCAGCUGAAAAACAAAGAGAAAGGAAAAGAAAGUGCAGUGGCAAGCACAGAGGUAAAAAUGAAGUUACAAGAGUUUGUUUUGAAUAAAAAAAAAGCUUUAGCCCAGCGGAAUCUGAACCAUUGCAUUUCCAAUGAUCCUCGUUUCUGGUAUGGGAAAACACAGCACAGUUCUCUUGACCAGAGCUCUCCCCCACAAAGUGGAGUAUCGGGUACCUACAAUCACCCUGUGCUAGGGAUGUAUGAUUCCAAAGAUGACUUUCCACUCAGAAAAACAGCAUCAGAACCCAAUCUCAAAUUGCGAUCCAGAUUAAAGCAGAAGGUGGCUGAAAGACGCAGCAGCCCCUUAUUACGAAGAAAAGAUGGUCCUGUAGUUACAGCUCAUAAGAAGCGGCCAUUAGAUGUUACAGACUCCGUGUGCAACAGCGCUCCUGGAUCUGGCCCCAGUUCUCCAAAUAAUAGCUCCAGUAAUAUAAGUGCUGAGAAUGGAAUUACUGGAUCAAUUGCAAAUAUUCAAGCGGAGACCAACCUGGGCCACCGACUCGUGAAUCGUGAAAGCUCCAUAACCCAGCUCCCUCUGUACACAUCUCCCUCUUUGCCGAAUAUAACAUUAGGACUGCCGGCAGCUGCCCCUUCCAGCGGAGGAUCAGGACAGCAGGAUGCUGAAAGGCUUGUUAUUCCGUCCUUACAACAACGGAUCUCCUUAUUUCCUGGAACCCAUCUAACACCUUAUUUGGGCAGCUCAACUGUGGAAAGAGAUGGGGGAACUACACACAACCCACUUCUUCAACACAUGGUCUUACUGGAACAACCAACUGCACAAAACCCCUUAGUCCAAGGUGAGCAAAGCCAAAAUUGUAUUUUAAAAACACAUACUUAUUCUUGUUUUUGUUUUUCCUUAGAAGCCAUUCAAGCACUUUUACUGGAGCAGCAACGCAUUCACCAGCUGAGAAAUUACCAGGCAUCCAUGGAAGCUGCUGGGAUCCCUGUGUCCUUUGGUGGGCAUCGGCCGCUUUCUCGUGCCCAGUCCUCACCCGCUUCUGCGAACUUCCCCAUGUCAGUACAGGAGCCACCCUGCAAACCACAGUUCACAACAGGCCUUGUAUAUGACACGUUGAUGCUGAAACACCAGUGUACCUGUGGAAAUACCAACAGUCACCCAGAGCAUGCAGGGAGAAUCCAGAGCAUUUGGUCACGACUUCAGGAGACAGGUCUUCGGAGCAAGUGUGAGUGUAUUCGUGGAAGAAAAGCAACUCUGGAAGAGCUACAGACCGUGCAUUCAGAAGCUCAUGCAUUGCUUUAUGGUACCAAUCCUCUGAACAGACAGAAAUUGGAUAGCAAGAAACUUUUAGGUUCUCUAACGUCUAUGUUUGUCAGGCUCCCUUGUGGUGGCAUUGGUGUGGACAGUGAUACAAUUUGGAACGAAGUGCAUUCGUCUAGUGCUGCACGACUGGCUGUUGGCUGCGUGAUAGAGCUUGUUUUUAAAGUGGCUGCGGGAGAGCUGAAGAAUGGGUUUGCUGUAGUUCGACCUCCUGGUCACCAUGCGGAAGAAAGUACACCUAUGGGUUUCUGCUAUUUCAAUUCCGUGGCAAUUUCUGCUAAACUUCUCCAGCAAAGACUGAAUGUGAGCAAAAUCCUCAUAGUGGACUGGGAUGUGCAUCAUGGCAACGGUACUCAGCAGGCUUUCUACAAUGAUCCAAGCGUACUUUAUAUUUCACUACAUCGGUAUGAUGAUGGGAACUUCUUCCCAGGCAGUGGAGCUCCUGAUGAGGUUGGCAUAGGACCAGGUGUCGGUUUCAAUGUUAAUAUGGCAUUUACUGGUGGUCUUGAUCCACUAAUGGGAGACACAGAAUACUUGACUGCUUUCAGAACAGUAGUAAUGCCAAUUGCUAAUGAGUUUGCCCCAGAUGUUGUUCUGGUAUCAUCUGGUUUUGAUGCAGUGGAAGGUCAUCCUGCACCUCUUGGAGGAUAUAAUCUGUCAGCAAAAUGCUUCGGUUACCUUACACAACAGCUGAUGGAGCUUGCUGGAGGACGGAUUGUUCUUGCCCUUGAAGGAGGUCAUGACCUGACAGCCAUUUGUGAUGCAUCUGAAGCAUGCGUUUCUGCUCUUUUAGGAAAUGAGCUUGAUCCUCUCCCUGAAAAGGUAUUACAACAAAGAGCAAAUGCCAAUGCACUGAAUUCUAUUGAAAAGGUCAUUGAAAUACAGAGUAAGUACUGGCAUUCACUCCAGCGCUAUUCCUCGACAGUUGGCUACUCUUUGAUAGAGGCGCAAAAGUCUGAGAAUGAAGAAGCAGAAACCGUAACAGCCAUGGCAUCGUUGUCUGUGGGAGUCAAGCCACCCCCUGACAAAAAGCCAGAUGAGGAACCCAUGGAGCAGGAUCCUCCCCUGUAGCACUCAUCUUCUGGGCGGAGUUCUCCUGUUUGUUCGUCUUGUCUUGGGGCUCUGCAAGGAAGCAGUCCCUUGUUACUCCUGCAUCCGGUCAUGGUUUACUUCCAGACUACGGAAAAGCAGCCAUGCAUGAAAGAAAGCAAAAGUUCUCCAUGUCUGUACAGAAUAUGCUUGUAGAAAAGGAAAAAAAAUGCAGGUGAAGAGCAGAAAUAUUAAAGACACGUGCACUGAGCAUUCUUUCUCAUUCCUAAAGGGGAGCCAUAAGAGGCAAGAAAUCAGUGAAGUAUUUGGCAGAAUUGCCAGCUUUUUCUAAGGAAACAAAGAAGUUUCACACAGACAUGACAACUUUCUUUUGAAACUGGUGCUUACAAUUUGAUUACCCUCUGUUUCAGACCACUCAACCCAUAUUGGAAGUUUUUAAUUUUUGUUUUUAAUUUUGUGGCUUUUGCCUAUCUGUGAUUCAGACACUCUCUUCAAAACCCAAACGAUAUGAGGAGGGGUGUUUUUUUUUUUUUAUAUGAAGGGUGAAAAGAGAACUUAAGAUUUUUGUAUGUGGCAAAGAAGAAAAUUGACCUAGGGAAAUAUCCCAGAAAGGGGAUCGGCUUUAAUAUCUCCAAAGCCACCUGAAGAGUUUGUUGUGCCUUUAAAUAAAGUUUGGGUUGAUUCGGGGCAACUGUUGUUGUUGUUUUUGGAUGUUUUGAGGAACAAUGCCUUAAAAAAAAAAGAACUCCACAGCAGUUCCUCUAGCAGGGUAGGCGAAGAACUGCAAUCAGCAAGCCAGGUUCUUGGAUUUAUGUUAGCAUGAUUACUUAAGCAAGCAGAGGCUGGAGCGUCAACAAAACAAGCUUGGAUUUUUAUUUUUAUUUUUGAUUUAUUGUUGUUUAAAAUGAUAUUAAGGUAGUUGCCAGUAAAGUGGCAAAUACUGUUGGGGUUCUAAAAUUUAACAGUUUUUUUUUUUAAAAAACGGAAAAAGAAUAAAAACCUCCAGUGUUUUCUCCUACCCGUUAUGUAUAACCAUUUUAACUAUCAAUUUGGUUGUAAAAGCAUGCGACAGACUCAACUGCAGUUUAAAAACGACGAGAAUGCUUUUCAUUAAAAGCAAGUUAGCAUGAGAAUAUUGCUUAAUAUUUUAGCUAUAGAUGUAUAAAUGUAUAUCUAUAAUGUAUAUUCCAGAUGUAUUCCAAGCUUAGAAAAUAUGACUCUUACAAAUUUUGAUUAAGUAUUUAUAAUGCAUUUAUAAGAAAGUAUAUCAAUAAAUGCAGAUUACAAUGGUAGCCAUUGGAAGGUCCCUUGCAGAAGACUUAUUUGUGGACUGGAAUGUAAGGGUUUUUUUCGAAAAGGAAUCUACUUUGAAACGUGACCAUUUUCAGACUGUUGUUUGGAAUGUUUUCAGAAUGCCAACAUUUUAGCCACUGGGCAACUACCCUAAACAUUGAUUUUUAAUUUAAGGCUUUGAACUUUGAUCCUGUUGUGACGAAAUUAGUUUGCGAUGAAUGUGUUGUUUGCUUUAUUUUUUACAUUAGCUUUCUCACGACAUUUCAUUUUUGCUUUCUACUCGACAGCUGUUUCCAAACAUUGUCUGAGCCUGUGCCAUCUUUUGUUGCACGUUGGUGUAGGGGGAGCGUUUGCUUUUGGACUUUUCUACUUUCAACAGCUUUCACGAUCAACGUGGAGUGGUUGAGGAUUGUGGGGCUUCACUUUCAGAAAAGCCCUGUUUCCAUGAAAGGAAGGAUUCUAAGCUCUUUGUUAUAUCAGAAAACACUGUGUAUUUCCCCACUUUUUCAGCCAUACUUGCUAUGCUGUCUAAAGAAAAUGUGGAGUUUUCUUACCUUAAGACAUGUUAGUAUUACAAAGAGUGAUGUAUCAUAUAUUCUAUAGGGUGUGGCAAGAUUUAUUAAAGGCAUUAAUAACUUAAGGAUCCAUAUGGAAGGUCUGCCAGACGCUCGUCGGUGCAAUUAACACUAAUGUAAAUGCUCCGAACUUUUCCUGAACUAAGGUUCUCUGGAAAGACUAUUUCAUAGUUAAUCGUUAUAAUAAUGAUACAUGCAGGCUAAGGAAGUGUUGGUCCUGGCCAGCCCCUCCUUCCUUUUGCCAUGUGUGGGGGGGCGGGAUGCCCCCCUAGAAUAAGUAACUAAUUUUUUGUAGUGAAACCAGGUAGCUGGGGGAAGCUGAAAUUGUGUAUUCUUUUUCAAGCAGUGUCACUCCUCUUCAGAAUAUCUGGUAUUAUUUUUGGCAACUCUCCCCCCCCCCCUUUUAAUUUGUGUUUUAACUGACAGGGCCACUUUGUGGAUUUUUGUGUUGUCGUUGUUUGUUGUUCUCGGGGGGGGGGGGAUUCAUUCCAUGGAGAGCAGAGUUGUGAGAAUGAAAACACAAAACAAAACUGAGUGCACACAGGAUAGAGUUUUAACACUGAGAUAUUAUUUUUAAAGCGUACACUACAAUAUUUGAGUUCUAAACUAAUCCCAGUACACUUAAAUUGAUGACUAUUUUUUUGGCAUUAAAACUGCCAGGAGCAUACUCUGAGAGUAUAGUUUGACAGUAAAGAUAAAAAUCAUAUAUAUUUUGUAAAAUGACUGCCUUGCUGCUGUGAUCUGAAAAUAUUUUUUUUUGUUGUGGAAUCACCCGAUUUCAUGUUUUGUUGAUCUACCCCUUUAACGCCGUUGGUAACUGUAAUGCAUCCAUAAUCAUUUCAGCCUAAAGUAUGUUUUAAUUCCAACAGCAUGUUGUCAAAAUAUGUACUUUUUGCAUCACAAGAGCCGCUUAGUGAUGUUGAGACAAUGGUCUGGAUGUGUCAGUAACAGCUUCCAAGCUUUUCCAGUAGCUGCUUUUAAGAUUUUUCAUCUGUUUCGUUCAAGCACACUGCUACAUCACUGUCCAUUCCACAGCCCCAAAUUCUUGCAUGUGUUCAAAUUAUAGUUGUAUGAUCCCCCACAGAGAUGGGGUCUGGGUUUCCCUCUGCAGUUUAUGUGCAGUGGACAGGGAACAUUGGCCUCACGGGAUAUGAGGAGGUACCACUGUAGCCUUGAUUUUCUUUCCUACGAGUUUACGUAACAUGGACCUGGUGGGAAUGCUUGUGAGCUCUGUGUCCAAGCUGAUUUAGGUACUGUACCUUUUAUUCCCACGUUUUUAUAUACAAAUAUGAGGUAACUCAGUUCCACCAGCACGAUACUAGUGGAUGUUUUCACUAAUCCAGCUUCCAAAAUGCUUGGGUGGCAUAUUAUAAAUUUUCUUCUGUAGCAACUAAGAAAACAAAGGAAUGUCGUAAAGCUAUGUGACCCAGAAGGGACUCCUAGGUUGUACUACACACAGUACUAAUAAUCAAGUACUUGGUUUUGUUUUACUUUCUAUACACAGACAUUCCUUUUUAUUAGUCACGUACUCAUUCCAUUCUUCCUUUUGUAAACUUUUUGGGCCCACGUUUUAUGGGCAUUGAUAUAUAUAAAUAUAUAUAAAAUAUAUAUGAAUAUAUUUUUUUAAGUUUCCUACACCUUGAAGUUGCAUGGUCUAUUAGGUUGGCAUGUCUUUAUAUUGUAUACAGAUUUUGCACGCCACACUUGGCAGCUUUGGAGAAAAAAAGAAUUCCCCUCUGAUGGCAUUAACGGGAGUAAGAAAGGUCGAAAUGUUUUGUGUCAUAUAGAUCACAGGUGUCAAACUCGCGGCCCUCAGAUGUUAUGGACUACAGAUGUUAUGGACUACAUGGGAACUGUAAUCCAUAACAUCUGGAGGCCAUGAGUUUGACACCUAUGAUAUAGAUUGAUUAACAGUGAAGAGCAUGGAGGGGAAGGCAGUUUGUCUUACUGAACUUAUUAAGGACCUGUGCUUUUUAUUGUAAAAUUUAAAAAGACUACUUAAACAUUUGUCAUUUUAAGAGAGAGAAAAAAUAUCUAGCACUUGUGACAAACCAAUAAUAGAGUUUAUUGUAUUUAUGUAGAAAUAAUGUUCCAGGAGAAACUACGCAGAACACCCGAGUAAACUGCCUGUGACUUUUUUUUUUUAAAGGGUAAGAGGGGCAGGCAUUUUUCUUUUUUUCCUUUAGGCAUGAAAGGGAUAAAGCCGGCACAACCCUAUGCCAACCUUUUUUGUAUUCUCAGAUGAUCAUGACAAAGGACUUGAAGAGCAAACUCUUCAGCACAGCUGUGUUAACGUGUUUUUAAUUUCUUGGAAUGAGGUAUGCAUAGGUUUCAGUUUCAAGCGGUGACGUACUGUACAAACACUGUGGUUUCAAACACAACUUUCUAUCAGCAGGAAAUGAAGUUUCUUCAUAGUGAUAGUUGAGCGUGGGGUCCUCCCAACUUCACCUUGUCUUUGAUAUUGAUUAAAAAGGAUUUGAGAGAGAGAGUGAAUGAAUGUAUGAAUGAAUGAAUUUAACACUUCUGGUGCUCUACGUUGGAGGCGCUAUAUAUAUAUGGGUUGAAAAACUAUUCACCCAAGAGCUUAUUACAGAUAUGUAGUACCAAAAGUCGUAACUCUAUUAUAGUCUGCUUUAUACCUAUACAUGCUCAGUAUGUUGUCACCAUUGGUAGCAGCUACCAGUUUAUUCUGUAAUUUAGACGGUUUCAUUCUUAACUGUAUGAACCCUUUAAGUGAUGCUAGCAUAUUCUUUGUACUUAAAUUUACUGAUGACCUUUUUCCUUUACUUGGUGGAGUUGAAAGUUUUGUUUCUUAGCUUUCUCACUUCCUUGUUUUUGUUGUUUUGUUUUCAUUCGUUUUUUACUGGCCAAUGGUGUCUUUCUCUGAUAAUACCAACUUCAAUUUCAACUUUAAUAGAAGUCCAGUAUUUUGUACCACAUUAUGACAACUUGUUAUUCUUGUGGUGUAAAUAAAAAAGAAAAAGUGAAAAGAAAAAA